GUUUUUUCACUAGAGCUAAUCCCGUUCAGAGAAUUGAAUCCAAUGAUUAUCAUAGGUGAGCAGACUCGAUCGCGUCCUUUUCAGCUUUUAAGUUUUGAACUAGUGCUAAAUUGUCACUACACCGAAAGGUUCGAUCGGUUUGAUCAGGGAAAUGUAAUAAUUUCACACUUUUAACACUCGAACACUAUAUCAGGGUGCGGCUAAGACUCAUAAAAUUCAACACAUGAAAUCUUAAUUUGAUACGAGUAAGCAAAACUGCAGAAAUUUCCAUUCAAGUUGUUAGAUUAGGAUGCAUAUAAUCUUUUCAGUUAAUUUUUAAACAUGUAGGAUAUUAUAGGGGGCACGUGAAAAAGGAAAUUAACUGAUAAUUACUCAGGAAUCAGGAUUACUUUAUCGUCACCAUUCUUAUGUUUUCUUCACAUGGCUCAUCGUGGAAAUUAUUUUCUCUUCAUUGACUUAUCGUGUUCAUUUGACCUGCAUAACAUUUUUAUCCUAGUCAACGAGCGGUUACCACUGCUUCACGGUGCAAUUUCCUUGUCUUCUCUUUGAAUUUGGGGUUUAGUUUGCCACAUGAAGUCAUGUCAUGUUGGCAGAAGUUGUACACUCUGUUGCCGAUUUUGCAAAUCAGGCCCUUCUUGCAUAUGGUCUGAGUAGCUCAAGGCGGGCCCCUGAUGCCCUUCAUCCUUAUGGAUAUUCUAAGGAGAGGUUUGUUUGGUCAUUGAUAUCUGCUGUUGGGAUCUUUUGUCUUGGUGCUGAUGCUACCAUUGUUAAUGGAAUUCAAAAUUUGUGGACUUCACAGGAUGGUGUUGCAGUCAUUGGUCUUAUUGUUGCUGCUGCAUCUCUUGUUGCAGUGAAUACCACAGGGAGUGCAAUUUAUGAUCCCGUUGGUUCCAUUAUAGUUGGUAACUUCCUUAGAAUGCAUGUUCUGUAAUACGAAUCAGUGAUAGUGAAGUGCGGCAGAAGAAACAGCUUCUAGAACAAAGCCAGGCCACUAAUGGAGUGGCAAAGAUGAUGCAGUAUACGGUAGAUUAGAAAAGGGUUGAGCUAUAAGUUACAUGAAUAAUAAGCAAUAUAAUAGUCUUGGGGUUUUUUAAUUUAUUUUGCAUGUGGACAUAUUCCUCAUCCAACGUAAUCGGCAUGCUUUGAUCGGUAGAGCAAUGGAUGAAAAUGAUAUGCAGAAAACUCUCCAAUUCUUGAAGAAUGAUCCCGUAUAAUUAUGCUUGAUAAAUUUCUCUUCUAUCUUUGCCUUAGUAUGAUACUUCAUGAGUUCAAAUUUUGAAGUCUUCUUGUCUAGGUUGUUGAUACUUUAUAUGAUUGCAAGUGAUUGGACCAGGAUUUUAUAGAUUCAAGGCAGAAAUAGAUUUCAAUGGAGUCACAGUGGUGCAAAAUUAUCUAAAUAGGACUGGACGUGAAGAGUGGGCUAGAGAGGUUGAUGACACUUUUUAUCUCCAGUAUGCUCCCUAGUGUUUGUUUUUGCUUGAUUUGAUCUUUUAAGCAAAGUCGACGUCUGAACUACACCCAUGUCCUACAGUUUCGUCAAGCUGCAAAGAACCGAGACAAUUCAGAUUUGCUGGAAACGAUGGCGAACUAUGGUGAAGAAGUGGUUACUGGUUUAGGAACAUUUUAAGAUGGAACUCAUCCCUAUGAAUAAUUAUUUCAGCCGAGGUUUUGUAGGAAUGGUUAUUUUGUGUAGGAG